AUGCCACCAAGGUCACUGAGGUCGAGCCUGCCAUCGCACAAGAUUGACGAUUCGGGGAAAAGCCUACCACGAGAUAUGUGUAUGAGUCGUGGGUCACGAACUUCACUUGAACUGAUACCGUACUCUGAUUAUCUCUUGAUGGGAUCUCAUGGACAUCGUAUCACUCUACCGGAUAUCACCACGAUAAGUGAAAACACUUCGGAUGGUAGCGGUCUUCCGAUACAUGAACGUCGACGGGCACCAACUCAAGACUUUCUGUCGCCAGACGCCAAUUAUAACGUCCACAAGUGUGUGGAUCUUUCCAGCCCUGUGGAACAGAAAAAGGAGAAAGAGGGAGUCCGUCGAGCAGCAUCAUUCACUUUUUCACCGAAAGGAGCUGCCGACAAGACUAAUCGGAGAGUUCAUGCUCAUCCGGAAGAAGAGAACAAGAGAAGAUUCUUGUACGUUUUUGCACUGAUGAUUGACGAGUUUGCUGAG